GAAUAUAUCGGAAAUAUAUUUCAUGUGUGAGAGGGUUCAGAUUAGUAUCAUAACAGUACAAUGCUAAAUGCUAUGUUCAGUGCUAAAAAUGUGUUUCACAUACUGACAGUUAUGCAUUUAAGGUGAACACAGUGCUAAAAGUGUACCGUCACAAUGCAAUUUUAAAUUAAUUUGAACAAUUUAAUAAUGUUCACAUGCACAACACUUUGUCAAAUCAUUAAAAAAAUAAUAAUGCCACAUGCAACUGAUCAUUGAUGUUUGUGAUGUCUUUUGUGAUUAGGCAUUGUUCAGUGGCUUUAAAACAGUCAUAGAAAAUAUUAAGAGAAAAAAACUGCCUGUUUUCUUAAGCAGAAGGACAUGUUGUAAAAUCAUCUUCGAGCAGCCAAAUAUAAUGUGAUCAUGGGUACAAAAUUCUUAACGUCUCGUCAGGGUUCCUCUAUGCAGUCCAUGCUCAGAGUUGUGCUCUUCGGAAACACUGGUGCUGACAAGAAUAAGGUAGCAAAAUCACUGCUAACCUGCGAGAAUCUGACAGGAGAGAAAAAUGGUCUAUGUACUUUAUACAAGAGUGAACAAGCAGGGAGGAGGAUCAGUGUUGUGGAAGCACCAGGAUGGCAUGAACACUCAAUACAACAAACACCAGAGAACAUAAAAGAAGAAAUUAUCAGAAGCGUGUUGCUUUGUCCUCCAGGACCUCACGCUCUGCUUCUGGUCAUACCAGUGAAAACUCUCUCUGGAGAACCUCCUAUAGGUGAAAUUAAUGCAGCAGAGAUGCACAUGGAGUUACUGUCAGAGCGCGUCUGGAAACACACCAUCGUGCUGUUUGCUUGUGAUGAAGGAGUGGAGGAACCAGCAAUCAGAAAACACAUUCACAGCGCAGAGAAAAUCCUGGACAAGUGUGGAGGACGAUCACAUGUUCUUCAGAGGAGCGCUUGUGAAUCCCCGACUCAGAUCAGUGAACUCUUUCAGAAGAUAGACAGCCUGGUGAAGGAGAACCGUGAGGAUUUCUUCAUACCACAAGCUUACUAUGAACUGAUUCAACAGAAGACACAAGAAGUGUUUGGUGCGACUGAGCUCAGUCAGAGACGGGGAAGUUUGCAAAAGGAUCCUCCAAACUUGAAUAAACACAAAGGAGAUUCAGAGGAGAAGAAAGAAUCUGAAGAGGCUGCCAAACAUUCAGAAGACGUAUCAAAAAUCACCAUGGACUUCAAACAGUUUGUACUGAUACUGAUGGGUGCAUUCGGAGCACUUCUGGGAUCAGUCGCUGGAGCUGAAAGUGGAGUUAGGGGGUCUUUUAUCGGAGUAGUCUUUGGCAUCUUUGUAGGGGUUUUAGUCGCAAUUUUCAUCAUGUACAUUUAUACUCACAUUUAUUCAAAGCAGACUACACAAAGUAGGCCUACAUCAUAAGCAACUGAAUCAUAAGGAUCUGCAAAGUUGAUCAGGUGCAAGCUAGUUCAGACAUACAGUACAAGU